CAUACCUCAGAAAAACAAAGUCCAACAGCCUCUGUGCACAAUGGGGAAAGGUUAGGGCCAGCAACCCUUGGGGGUUUGGGGUUAACAUCGAAUGAAAAUAAGUGACGAUGUGCGAAGGAAUAUACACUUUGCAAACUUUGUUGGGGAUCACAAGUAGGCCUCAAACAAUUUGAUUUGGGUAACUUCUGUUUGUAGUUUUGAUUCGAUAUAUCCCAGGGUGAAUUUUUUUUUUAUCUCACAGUGUUUAAUGGAAAGGUGUCCACGUAGCAGGACAUUUGAAACUCUGAAAGUUAUGGAAUAUGAAGGUUUAUGGUAAUUCCAUUUUAUUCAUUCCUAGUUAUGUCAACCAACACCAUGCAUGGGAUUAAACUUUGUGGGUACAAAGUGUGCCCAUGUCAUUGUAGAUCUUAAUCUUAUUCCCUGUGUUUGAAAGCUUGAAUGUAAAGACUUAAAUGAAAUCAUGCAACCCCACUUCAGUUACAUUGAACAUUUGCAUUAAGGACCGAGUUGACUUGAGACCGGGUUGACUUGGGACUGAGUUGACCUGGGACUGUUUCGACCUGGGACCGAGUUGAGUCGGUUUCAGACCGAAUUGACCUGCACCCAUUUGGCCACACAUACUUGUAUGUACGAUGUACUACACAUGUAUGUAAUGUUUCAAAUGUACGAUGUAUGUGAGGAGAAUUUCAUAGUUUGGGAUGUUUUUCCCACUUGUAGUUUUGUACAUUAUGUGAAGAGUUUGUGUGAAGCUCGUAGUUCAUCAAAUUUUAGCUCUCGUGUUUGCACACUGAAAAAAGCUUAACCUGGGUGUAUCGAAAUUGAAAACUGCUGAUGUAUAAUAGUUUUUAGAUAUGAAAAGUGUUAACAACUAAUGUGUUUGACAAAUUAAGUCUGUCAUCAAGUGACGAUUGAAUUUUAGAUCAAGAUAAUGCAUUGAUUAAUAGAAUUGUGAAAUUACCAUUUGUGGUGACUGCAUUCCUUUUGUGUCUGCUUUCGUUAAUAUAUUUUUGUAGUAAAGGGUGCCAUAGCUUAUGCCAUUAUCAUUAUGCCAAUAUUUGAUGAUAUAUUGGUGCCUUUGAAUGACGUAUAUUGUGAGAUACUGUGCGCCUUAUAAAUGCUUUGAUAUUUUUAUCAUGUAUUUUUACUGAAAGGUUGAAUUGCCAGCUCAGUAUUUUAUGUAGUGGGAUUUCACCAUGCUCGGUUUGAUCUGUAUAACUUGGUGUUGAAAUACGCGUAGGUCGCUUGUGCAUAUAUUCCAAUGCGUAAACCCCUGUUUAUUAAGUAAAUGCUUCCUUGCUGUGUUUUGGGGAAAUCAUGAAAAAGCCCAGUGAUUAUGAUAUGGUUACAGAUUGAGUUUUAUUAGGCCUAUAUUUUCAAGUCUAACUUGGUUGUGACAGGCCUAGGUGUGGCUCACGUUAAAAAGCCAUUGUAAUGGUGUUCUCUACUCUGUAUGCCUGCAUUUGAGUAAAUGUGAUUUACCUUUUUUAUAUAUGCCUUGAGAAAUUUGCCUUCAUAUUUUAAUAAUGCAGCGUAGUUUUAAGUACAGUUUAUUCACUUCUAGAUUCUUUCUGUCAUGUUGCCAGUACAAAUCACCCAGUCAGGGCCUUAAUACAUGAAGUCAUUCUCUAAUUGUUAUGAGAUAAUGACCAACUACAUUAUUACACAUAGGCUGACUUCUGUACUUUUUCUUUUUUUUUCAAAAGCUAUUCAUUUACAAAUAGUUGAAGAAAUCUUUGAAGUUGACGAAUUGAGAAAUGAUGUACGUUUGCGCUUACUUGUUUAUACUAAUUAAGAUGUAAGCUGGGAGCGAUCGGUCGUUCUGCGCAUUCACUCGAUCUCUGCGCUAUCUUGCUGUACCAUCCAACGGUAAUCUUCCCUUCUCUUCCUGAUUCAUGCUUGUGGAAGUUUCAAAAAGGGAAGCUAAAAGCCGUUUCAUACUGACAAAUGUGAAAGUGCAGCGAAUUAUGCGUCACGAAAGAUUUGCAGCAAACCUUCGCUGGAGUUGAAACGUGCUCGACUUUUGCGAAUUCACAGCGCGAAUAUUUUGAACCUACUUCACAAAUUUGCUUUCGUGUUCGUUUUGGCGGUAAGUGUGAACUGGCCUUUAAUACAAGUCGGACUCGUGCAGGAUCGACUAGUGCAACGCGACCUCGACCAAUUGUGCUGAUCGACCGAUCGCGCCCAGUAUCGAUACAUGUACAUCGUGUACUUAAAUUGCCCUGUUGUUGCGCCACUUCAAUCUUAACUAUGGGAAUAAUAAAAUCAACAACUUUUAAAAUGUAGAGAUAUCGACAAAUCUUCUGAUGUCAUUGUGUUUAUUGCUUCUGUCACCCGGCCCCUAAAUCACAUUGGGACAGUUGUGGGCAUCAGGUAACGCUUUAUUUUUUGUGUGUGAUUUUCCCCCCCCCCAGCUUUCUCUUUUCCCGUUCCUUUUGUGCUGCCCAGAGAGCGUCCAGAGUGUUGCUUUUACACCGAAUCGCUGUGUUAAAACAAAUUGCAGAGGGGAGGGGUCUUACUUUUCGGUCACAGAGAGAUUCUGCUGAGAUCGAAAUGUUAGACCCUCUACCUGUUUGGACUGGCGUAUUUUACGGCACUAUCUGUAUCUAAAACAUAGAGUCUUGGGGUCGUUUGUCGCCUUUAUUUGAUCAAGAUGUGAGAAAAUUGCGCUUCGAACAAAUAAAAACAGUUGUUUCUUCAUCUUUUCGCAGCACAUUUACUGGGAUGGGCGCCUGCCCGUUUGAAUUUUGUUUUUCAGAUUUUUAAUCUCAAAAGUAAACCCACCUUCGGUCCCAGGACUAUGUAAAGUCGACCUGCUAUUUGAUAUCGUUUGAUCAUAGCUACCAUCACACUGAAAUGUAAGUACCUCCUUGUCAACAGGAAAUUCUGAGUCAGUUUAUACAUACGCCCGACACGCAAUUGCACCAUCAUGCCAAGUUUACGGGGUCAGAGGUAACACGUAGCGCGCAGGGUGACAUGGUAUUGAACAAUUCCAUGCGUAGGCCUACCGGUAGGCCAAUGUUUCAAUUUCCUGUAGUGUCUCUCAGCAUUUCUCACAAAGGCUGCCGUCAACCUUCCAAAAUGGCCGCAGCACAACCAAAUGCUGUGAACGAAGACUUCUGUGCAUGCCUGAAGAAGUUGAAAGAAGAUCUUCAAUGCCCGCUGUGCCUAGGUUACUUCGAGGACCCAGUCGUUCUCACGUGCCAACACAGCUUCUGCCGUGAGUGUGCAGGAGGAGUCCUCGGUCCUCGGCGUGGCUCAGACGAGGCGGAGGUGGUGUGUCCACUGUGCCGUCAGAAAACACAGCUCGGUCCUGCUGGCGUGGAGUGUCUACCGAGGAAUUUUCACUUGGCUGCGAUCAUCGAGACGUUUCAGGGCGCGGAAAGGGAAAGGGAGAGGUUGGAGGCACAACAGUGCCAGCAGCAGCGGCACAUGCACAACCAGCAAGAUCAACAACGACAACAAGACGUCCAGCAAGAGCAACUGCAAGAAAUACAGGAAGGCCAACAAAGUCAAACUGGGCACCAACGACGGCAAACGUCACAGCAGUAUCACCAGGAGGCUUACAACCAACAGCAGCAGCAGCGGUGGCAAACAGAAGAGCGCCGGGAACAAGUGCAUUAUCUACAGCCACAACAGCGUCAGCAGUCUUGCGCCCAACAGCGAUCAUUGCCUCAGUGGCAACAACAGCUACAGCAGCAUCUGCAGAAACAGAAACACGAUCUUGCUAUGCAGCUGCGACAGAAGAACCAACAGCUCCAACGGAUGCACCGGGAGCGUCAAGAACAGCUGCAAGAGAUGUGGCAGCAACAAACGGAACAGCAACACAUGCAUCAACAGCAGCUGCGACAGAUGCACCAACAACAGCAGCAACGGCAGCGAGAACUUCGGCAAGUUUUACGGGAACAGCACCAGCAACGUCAGCAACAAUUCCGUCAAAUGCGCCAACGGUUGCGCGAGCAGGGAGUACGUCUUCGUCAACAGCUGCAGUGAAGUAAAGUGCAUGCUCCGGCGUCCAGCAGUUUUUCACCAAGCAGAAUAGACAGCAUUUCUUAAACGCAUCUGGUCAUGACUAAGCCAGGCUGAAUGUGCACGACAUGCUCAGUGAAUCAAGCCUUUUUGAACGUACAUGAGAGAGAAAGAGAGUAGGUUGGCAAUUGCCCACUCAAUUCGGCCCAAGCGACUCAAUAAUGGUCAAAUGCGUGCAUGGGCAAGAGUGUCCAAUUUUUAGGCCGACUCUGCCCCCAUGAGGCCCCCGUGAUGUUUUAUGUUUGCAUGCAAUCAUCCUGAUUUUUGACACUUCAGCAAAGCUUGACAAUCCAAUUAAAUAUGUCAUUAAGAGUGCAUGCAGUAAAGAACUAGUAGUUGAACCUAACAUGAUGGCCGUGGAGACCAGGUCAUCACUCCCACCAGACUGGUCCUGGUAGCGCUCACUGUGAAAUACGUGUACAGUACAUGAAGACUGUUGUACUGUAUUUUACAACACUAAUUCACUAUAUAAACCAACGUGUUUAUUACAUUAUUUGCUGUUCUUUUGUGAAAUGCAACACAAUACUUUAACAGUAAUGUUUUUUAGUGUAAGCUGUGACCUAAAUUUUGCAUGUUGACACGAAUAGGCCUUUCUUAAUAUUUAUGCAAAUUUUAUGCACCGGAACUGAAAACGAGGCUGUAGGGGAUAGACUCCGCGCUGUGGGCGAAUACGGCGAAACAUUGUUCAGUGCCGUUUUGUAGUAAUCACGAACCAAGAUCAUCGCCAGAAAAUAGCUUUCAUCGUUUUCCAAAGAACAAGAUCCUGCGGUUAAGAUCAAACGAGACGAGGGGGCCCUAUUCAAGGUAGAUUUUGACUUUGAUACGCCUUCUUUGUGGGCACUUGAGAGGUUCGUAUAAAAAAUGUAAUCACUGGCCCUACACCGUAGACGUUAUUACACUUUGGUGCAGUUCGAUUGAUCUAGUCUUUUUCUUCCUCCAUGAUUGAUCGCGCCCAGCAUAAUGAAAUAGCGUCCUUAAUUUUCGAAUUAGCAUCUAUAGAAUUGUGGCCUUCGAAAGGAAAUAGCCUUUAUACCAAGCUGUUGCUGUCCACUUCUUUUGGAGCCAUUUUGACGUAAUCCUCCACAAACCCAAAGGUUUUUCUUGGAAACCACAGAAAGAUCCCUUCCGUUUACAGCCAUCGUGACAAGUGAUUCCCCUAUUGUCUCGUUUUCAAUUGCCGUGAAUAACAUUUGCGUAAAUAUUAAGAAAGGCCUAUGGGCCGUUGUUACUAUUGUCGAGUAAUUUUGCCAUUUUUCGUUCUUCACGCAAGCAUUUGACGUUAUUUUGACAAAAAAAUCAAUGUUUGUGGUUUUUUGUAUGUAAAGCCCGACACGGAACACCUUCCGUCGCCUAAAAGAUUAAUUUACACAAAAUAUUUUUGUAUGAACAAACCAUGAUUACAUCAGAGGGGCCAACCAAUGUGUAUACAUAUACCUUGGAAAUGAACGUUAAGAACAAGACAUCUGGAUAUACGAGGCGAGGGACCGGUAGUCUUAUCACCUAAAAUAACCUAAAAUUAUAAACAAAGUGCAUUACAAAUGCUUUAAAUCACAUGCUCAUGUUAAACAAUUGCCUAAUCACGACAGGGUGUUUAUUAUAGACAAGUUAGACUGACAUGCAGAUGGGUAUUCCCACUUGUAACAGCCAUAAUGAUCACUUGAGGUUUAUGGAGAUUAGACUGGGUCUAGGGUUGCAGGCCAGUAAAUAUGCCCACAAUUGCCUGCGCGGACCGAAUCACGGUUUGUACCGGUCAAACUCUGUGCUAUUAGAACAUUUUGUCGCACGUGGACCGUGGUUUGUAAAGAAUGAGGAUGGAAUCUACCAACAGGACUGUCUAUUUGUAUUUCUGAAAGUUUCGGACCAAAAGGGCCUUCUAGGUCGCUCUAUUUUGCGAUGGAGUUUAGGCAUCAAUUUUAAAAAUGGCGAUGAGUUUCAUUAAAGUAUUUAGGGGUGAUCGUCUCUUGAGAGAAAUAUCUUCAUCGGUUAAGUCACUAAAAAUUGAAAGGAGAAUGAAAAGUUAGGAAGUGAGCUUUAA